AUGUUGGCGGCGCAGCGCCCCAGAAGUUUUGCUCCGGGGCGGUGGCGGGGGCUGCCGCUGCUUCUCCUCGUCUUCCUUGCCGCGCAGCCGGGCGCGGAGGGAGGUUGUGCGAAGCUGGGGCGGUGCUGCGCGGGCAGAAGCCUGGCGUGUGUGAGCGCCGGCUGGAGACCCGACGGCUCCCACGGGCCCUGCUACUGUGAUCAGGCGUGUCCUUACACCUUGGACUGCUGCCACGACUACCGGCAGGUGUGCCCAGUGGUCUCUUGCUUGGUCUCUGACUGGAGUGAGUGGAGUGGCUGUGCGGAACCCUGCAAAGUGACGUACCGUGUCCGAAGGAGGCGCAUAGUCCGGGAGCCAAGAAAUGGCGGGGAGGCAUGCCCCCCUCUGGAGGAGAAGGCUGGCUGCUUGGAGUAUUGGACUCAGCAAGGGACAGAGUGCAAGCAGUCCUUGAUCCCAGCAUUAAUAACCACUGGAGGCUAUGGGAAAGCAAGGAAAAAGCGUGCAGUGUCCAGUGAGAAUGAGCGAACUGGAUACUGCGUCGAGUUUCAGCUGACGGCCAUCACGGAAGGAUGCCUGCAUGGGAACAGCUCAUACACACAUUGGAUGAAAUACCUUAGUGAAGGGCACACCGUGUGUGUGGAGUGCCAGCACCCAGCCCUGGAUUCCAGGAGCCUGCACUGCUCUGGGGAUGGCAGUGGAGCCAAAAAGAACCAGCUACUGCACUGGCAGGCUGUGGGGAAUCCAAGGUGCAGAGGAACUUGGAAGAAAGUUCAGCAGUUGAACUCUUGCUCUUGUCCUUCUGUUCAUAGCUUCUUAUUCAUCUGA